GCUUCGAAUCUAACGUCAAAGGAAGUAUAUCGUCACCUCCUAAAGGUUUUAGUUUUCUAUUUAAUCGAUUAUCCAAAGACCCAUUAGUAAAAGAAAUGAUCAAAGAGACGCAAGUAGAAAGUAGUACAGAGGAAAGUUCUGGAAGUCAAUCAGGUAGUGGGAAAAGUAAGAAAAGAGUUUUGGUAAAAGUCCUGCCUAUAAAAAAGAAAAAUAAAUUUAUUCCUCAAAUAUGGGAAAAGCUUUAGAUAAUUUUUUAUCAAAAAUAUAUUAUUCGCUAAAUUCUCCUGCUUCCUAUGCAGGAAUACAUCGUGUUUAUGAAGAAGCUAAGCUCAAAUAUCCAAAGUUAAAAUAUCAGGAAGUCUUUAAUUUUUUGCAUAAGCAAAGAGUGUAUACGAUGCAUCGACCAAUUAGAAAAAAAUUUACCAGACUAGUUACAAGGCCAAGUGGU